AUGAAAUAAUAACCAGAACUAGAGAUUCCUACUCUAUAAUAAUAGGAUAAGUAUUUGGAGAAGAAACGACAAGGACAGGGUUUGGAUAAGAAUUUCAAAUUAUUUAACGACUUUCUUAAAUUACGAGAAGCAGGCUUCUCAAAAGUUACUAUCAUGUUACUUGUUUCCUUUUUUCAUUAAGCUUUGAGUUAUAUUGCUUAGUAAGGCUCAUUAUUAUAUUAUGAUAUAAGCACCUUGCAGAUUUACACUAUUCAACAGAGAGUACUUUGUUAAAUCAAAUUCUAAGUGCAUGUCAAUAUGUAGACAUCCUCAGUUUAUUGCGAAUUGACACAAAUUUUUCCACUAAUCUUCACAAUUGGUCUGACUCUCCUCUAUUUAAUAAUAUUUAUUUUGGGACAAGAGUAUAAGCCAAGAAAAAAGUUUAUUGGGAAAUUAUUUGUGUUUCUUUGUGAUAUUUAUAUUUGGCUAAUGUUCUUUCCAUGUAUGGUGACAUGUUUUGAAUUUUGUAUUUGUAACUAAGAAUAGGAAUGUAAUUUUGAUAUAGUCAGAAUCAUCCUAACUUUAUUGGCUAUUUUUGGAUUAAUUUGUGGUUUACUUAAUAUUAUAGUAUUAACUGCUUUGUUUCAUAACAAUUGGGAAGAUAAAAAGGAUUGUUUUAAUGGCGAAAAUGUAAUCUAUUUAAGUAGUUAUCAGUUCAGUCGCUUUAUAAUGGCAUUCUUUGUAGUUUUUAGCACCAAAGCAUACACUUUCAUAUGGCUAUUUAUGAUAGUUUCCUUUUUGCUUUAUACAUUCUUUUUAAUAAACAUACUAGUCGGAAGUGGUUUCUUAGCUUUUGGGACUAAAUAUACUAGAACAUUAUUUAUCAUAAUGCUGAUAUUUUUGGUUAGCGUAACUUUUUCAACAAUUGUUGAUGAACUACAUCGAAGUUAGAAUUCUGAUAAAAGUAUUGAAAAUUUCAGCGUUUACUUUGCUUUCACUUUGAUCUUUCUCUUGUUGACAGUUGGAUAUAAUUUGAGACAUACUCAAAGUCUAACUAUUUAAUUUGAUAUCCAUUCUCUCAGUCCUGAUGCGUUAUAGAAAUAAAUAUAUACAACUCUUGCCUUUUUAGAAGUCUCACUCAGCGACAUUUCGAUUGACACUUAUUUCAAGGGAAUUCUGUAAAGACAUUUGGAUUUCGAAUGUCAACAUCCUGAGAUUAAGGGUGAAGCGAGAUGUUUCUGUAAGAAGAAAAGAGUCUUUGAUUCUAAGAAGCGAAAGGAAGUUAGAGUUGAAGAAUGGUUUACAAUGAAAGCUAUAAUUAUGAAAUUUCUGAUGAAGAGUUGGAUUGAAACUUAUCUUAGCGAUAGACCUAAUGAUGUAGGCAUUCAAAUACUCUAUGCAAGGUUUAUGUUCAGUAAAUUCCAUAACCAUCAAAUUGCAUUGCAUAUCCUAUCAGAUCUAGAAAAGCGAUUCACUUUUGUAUUGGAUAGAUACAAAUCGUAUUAAUUGAAAUGGAAAAUAAUAAAAUUCAUAAAGCAUAAGAAUAGUGAUAGUUAUAAAGGGAAAUUGGAGAUUGAAAAUGCCUUAUUUGUAGAAGAACAAAUUGAUUCAAUAAAAAACAAUAUCACAAACAUUCUGAAGUAGAACUGUGUAUUUUGGAACAAUCUUCAAUAAACAACUAUUGAUAUGAGUGAGAUGGAUAAUCUGUUGUAGAUGCAAUUCAAAAAAAUAGAAGAGACUAAACAUUUAUGGAUAACAAUUACCAAUUAUUUGGAGUUUAAAAAGAAGUGGAAAUUUUAUUAUGCUUGGUUCACUCUCUAUGUUUUGAAUAAGAAAAUUAAAAAUAGAAUACUUGACAACUUUUAGGGGUUCUAGGUUAAUGAGAAUGAUAUCUUCUCAGAAGAACUGCAAGAACAUAAUGACGAUGUAAAUAGUGUCAAAUCUGGAUUCUUAGAUAAUGAGAAAAUAGAGAUAAAAAGUAGGAAAAUAAUAUUUGAUAAAAAAGCAUGUAUUAUAUAAGCAAGUGAUGACAUUCAAUCAUCAAUUCUCAAGGUUAAUAAACAAUUUACUCGUAUAUUUGGUUAUUCAAGUGAAGAAGUAGUAAGGAUGUUUCCAAUAAAUAAUUUGAUGCCUGAUGUGUAUAGUAAAGUGCAUCCUCAGAUUCUAAAUGAUUACAAACAGACGGGUAAGAGUAACUCUCUCUAUUCUCAAAGAAAGAUUUAUUGUCUUCACAAAUCUGGCUUUAUGUUUACUGCCUGGAAAUUCCUAAAACUUUAUGUUGAUUUGAAUGGCCUAUCAUAAUUCGUUAUUAUGGUGAGACCAACUGAUUUCGAUAAUGAGAAGAAGCAUGAUUACAUCAUACUUAAUAAUGAUUGGGAGAUAAAUGGAAUGACCAACAAUGUGCUCUCAGGACUUAAUCUCGAUCCUCGUCUGUUUAAGAAGGCCUCCUCUGAUUUCGUACUCUUCAACGUUCUGUUAUUUGCACCCAAACUUAUUCAAUAUUCAAGGAUAGCUCCUUUGAUAAACGAGGAAAGAGAUCUGCCCAUCUUUGGUAUGAUGAAGAAUCCUAAGAAACCAGUUCAGAAGAAGAUUCACAAUUAAAUUGUCCUUGAAAAUCAAUUAUCCAAUUCGAGCAAACCCAAAAUCAAUGUAAAUAUGCUUGGCUCGUCUUCACUUAAAUAAUCAUUUGGGAAACCCAUUCAAGGCAUGUAUUCAGAUCUCGAUUUUGGAUCCAAAGUGUUAUUGCCCUAACAAUCCAUCGAUUAAUAGAUACCAUAAUAAUUGGUGAUCCAAAAUGAAAGAGACAAAUUCUUAUAACAUCAAAUGAGUUCUAUUAGUGAUAAGAAUGAAUUUGAAGAUUUCAAUAAAUAGAUAGGUUAAUUUGAUAAGAUCUAAAAUCUGAAUUAAGAAAUGGAACGAAGAGCUGAAGAGUAGAUUAAUCAACUCAAAGAAUCAUAAUUCUAAAACAAUUACUAGAAAAUUCAAACUAUGGGCAAAUAAGAUAAGGAUGCUUACAGUGAGGAUAAUGCAAGCAGAGAUGAAAUGAUUGAAAAAAUCAAAGGCAUUAAAAUUUUAGAAGGCAAAAUCAAUGGGGGAGAAUAAAUUCAAUUUAGAAUGAAAAUUCCAGAAAACAUGGAUAAAAUCAUCGAAUAUUAUUCAUCUUAAAAAUCUAAAAUGUACUAAUUAAAAAAAUAAUAAGAUGAACACGUUAAAUAGGAAGAAAUGGUAGAUCAAGGGAAGAAGAAAGAUAAAGACAAGUUAUUUGUCAAAUAAGGCACACAACAUAGAGAAUUUAGAAAAAAGGCUAGAUUGAUGUUCUAAAAAGCAGCAGAAAUGAAACGAUGUUAAGAUGAUGUAAAUUUCUAUGAAUUAUUGGUUGAGAUCUAUUAGAAACUAAUAUAAGAACAAAAAUCUCGUACUUUUAAAGUAAAUUGUACAAUUUAAUUCAUUAAAAUUAAAGAUGAAAGAGUUGGUAUAAUCAAGAUUAUAUCAAUAAAUGAAAUAAUGAAGAUUAAAAGAGUGGCCAGAGAAAGGGAUGGCAAUCGCAAACAAUCCUUCUUUCUAAAGAAUCUUUAACCUUCUAGAGAUUUAGUAGUAAAAGGAUCAAAAUUGUCUGCUACAAACAUUUAAAACCAAUUUGAAAACUCAAAAUUUGUCUCUAUGGCAAGUGAAAGCGAUACGAAACAAUAAGCAAGUCCUUUGGAAGUUAAAAAUAAUUAAAAGAAUCCUCUUCUAAAAGAUAAAUCUUUUAAGGGAAAUUUAGGUUAUCAGAUGAAUGUUCCAGUUCAAGAAAUGGAUGAUGAUAAGGAUCUAUUGAUUGAUAGUAAGGCUUUUAAUAAGAUGAUUAAUUGGGAUACCUUUUAGUAGCAAUUCAAGAUGCAAUAAGGAGCACUUAACUUUUCACUUAAUGCUGGAGAUAAUAUAUUCAGGAAAGAAGACAAUAAUAGACCUCGUAAAUUCUUGAUUAAAAUUGCGUAUCUAACUUGGUUUUUGAGAAUAAUGUUUGUUGCCAUCAUUACUUUAAACCUUUUAACUUACUUCCUCAAACCCUUCUUAGAAUUCAACCCAAUGAUUUCUUAGGCCAAUAGAAUCUUAGCCUUAUCAUAAAUGCAAACAACUAUGAUUGAAACCUAUGAUACUCUCUUAGAUCUAUUAAUAUAUUAAGAUGAAUCCGAUUAUAAUGAUAUGGGUAUGUCAGACAAAUUGACCUAUUAUAAUUAUCAAUUAUCAAAAGUUUAGGAGAGUUACGAUUAUAUUAAACUGCAGAUUAAGGAUUUAGAUCAACUACAGACCUUUCUUGAUGAUGAUAUAUUUUACUCUAGUGCCAUAUCAGAUGAAUCUAUUCUUGGCUAAGCCAAUACAACUCUUACUUUAGACAGCAAAGACUUCUUCACUAAGUUUAUUAUGCUAGAACAUCAAAUAUCCAUGAUGAAUGCUUCUUCACUAGAGAUCAUAAGUCCCUCACACCCACUUGUUAAAUUUAUUCGUUAUGUGACUAUACCGUAAUUAUACAAUCAACUAAAUAAUGCUGUUAUGGAUUUAUAGUCUAUGGUGUUGGAGAAAUCCAAUUCCAUAUCUGAUUUUGUUAUAAUAAUUCUCAGCAUCGAAGGAUCAUUAUUAGCGAGUGGUUUUUUUGGAUUGUUGAUUAUUAUCUUUUGGAUUAGUCAAACUUACAAGGCGGUUUUGAAAAUCUUCAUCCUUAUAUAAAAGAAUGAUUUGAAUAAGAUCGUCAAACAAUAAAAGUUCAUUGAACAUCAAUUCAAGUACAUCAUUGCAAAAGACCAAGAAAUAGCUGGAAUUUAACCCAAAGGUGUUUAUCAAAGAGUAAACUCUAUCUCAUCUAAACAAAAUUUUUAAUUGCAAUAAAACUUCCUCUUAAUCAACGAGGAGGAGGAUUAGAAUAUGAAUAAGAAAAAAGAGAAAAAUAUCAUAGAUCGAUAAUUACUAAAAUCUUUGACUCUUAAAUUAUAUGCAACAUAUAUCCUAUUAGUGCUUUUACAGGCAGGGACUUCCUUUGCCUUCUUCUUUUCACUAAAAUAGGCAAGUAGCAACAUAAGCCAACUGAUUUAAAUAGGUCAAGUUUCAAUAUCUGACUUUUCUAACAAUUAACUUCUUUUAGUCUCUGUUAAAGAGCGAUACUACAAUGAGGAUAAUUAUGAAUCAAACUAUCUUCCAAAAGUGAAGGCUUUACUUGAAAUUUAAAUUGAAAGCAUCAAACAAACCCCUUAAAUCGAUAAUCCUGGGUAUGGGAACUACUAUGAUGGAUUCCAAGCAAUAUAUUUUGAUAAUCUUUGCGAUUAUCUUUUUAAUCAAUCUUGUAAAUUAAUUAUAUAUUCUCUAGAAUUAAAUUCAACUGAAUAGAAUGAUUGUGGAUAAUUAGUAAAUGGCAAACUUAAAGCUGGUAUAGUAGCAUUUAAUUAAUACUUCCUCUCAAAUGUGCAAGACUAUGUUCUAUUAAAUGCUGAUAGAUUCGGAUUUAUCAAUAGUAAAAUAAUUUGGAAUCUGAAUUCCUGUGUGGACUAUGUCAAAACUGCCUUUAAAUAUUUGCUUACUGAAUGGGCUCAAGAUUUAAAUUAGCUUAUCGAUUCUAAUAUCACUCUGAUUUUGGUUUUGCUUAUAGUCAUGUAAUUGUUUUAAUUAAUCGUAUUUUUGGCAAUUGCUGAAAUGUAUUUGGUAGACCAACUCAAUAAGGCAUUUUCAUUUUAUCGAUUAGUUUAUAAGUCCUAUAUGCCAAAUGAUAUCAUUCAAAAAGAGAAAAUCAUUAGAGCCUAAUUAAUACGUUAUAAUAUAAUAAAGAAAUGA